AUGAAUGACGACGGCGGCAUCCUGGCCCCGGACCAGCUUACACUGGGCGUGACAGUCGACAACUCCACCCCAUCAACUGCUGCCGUCGUGACCAUGGAUCCUGCAGCUGGCGCCGGCCAAGAUGCUGGCAACGUUGACGCGGGCAUGAUCGAGGUCGCCUCUCCGCGUUUCGAUGACUUUCAAUUUUCGCCCUACCCGGGCUUGAACGAUGACGGCAACACGAUCGUUGCCCUCACAGAUGACUCUACAAAUUUGUUCGCAUCACCAUCGCCCGCAUCUGUGCUCCCUGGGGGUGCACUUGUCGACAGCACGGACGCGGCAGUCUUGGAGACGGGGCCCGCCGCCCCCAACACUGCCGAACCUGCUCUGACCGAGACCGGAAAGCAGCAGCCGACAGCAGCCGAACCUGGCGGACCAAAGACGAAGCCGAAAACAUCAAGCACGACCAAAGCCGCCAAGGCGAAACCAUCCUCUUCACAGACCCAGGACGACAACGCGUCAUCCAAGUCAUGCCAAGCUGGUACGGAAGAGGCUGCAUCCGACGAUGGCAGCCAAGGUAGCAGCGAACAUGACCACGGGGCGUCCUUGCUGGAAGAGCCCAUCUCAGAUGAGUUUGGCCUGGUACUGAAUGAUCCGGCCUCCAUGGAGGUGCGCGGGGCUGGUGGUAGUGGUAGCGGCAGUGGAGGCCACCGUCCAUCGUUCUUAGGCAAGGACGAAAGAACGGGCAGUGCUGACGCCACCCCAGCGUGGAGCGAGCUCAAGACCAAGGCGGGAAAAGAGCGCAAGCGGCUCCCUCUUGCCUGCAUAGCUUGUCGCAGGAAGAAGAUCCGGUGCUCUGGCGAGAAGCCUGCCUGCAAACAUUGUCUGCGCUCCCGCACCCCAUGUGUCUACAAAGUCACGGCCAGAAAGGCAGCACCCCGCACCGACUACAUGGCCAUGCUCGACAAACGCCUCAAGCGCAUGGAAGACCGCAUUAUCAAGAUCGUCCCCAAGGCUGAGCAGGACCCCGCAGUUAUGACAUCGGUUAACCGUGCUGUGGUCAAGCCGGGUAUCCCAGGAGCGGGCGCAUCAGGCGCCACUAACGGGACGGCCUCCGUGUCUGGUGCGUCCAGCGGAAAGGGCUCUUCGAGCAAGAAGCGUGUGGCCGACGAGGCGUUUGGGCCCGAGCUGGAUCAUUGGGCUCGCAUCGGCUCCAAGAACCGGACCGGCAGCGUGGCUCGCCCGCAUACCAUGCUCUUACAGCAGGAAUCUGAAGAGAACAAGCUGUUCCAAGAAGGCGCCGACGCUCUUCCGUCCCGCGAACUGCAAGAGCACCUGGCGGAGGUGUUCUUUGAAAACAUUUACGGCCAAGCUUACCAUCUCCUCCAUCGGCCGAGCUACAUGCGGAAACUAAGUGCUGGGACAUUACCUCCUGUCUUAAUCCUUUCUGUCUGUGCUGUUUCGGCUCGUUUUUCGCCGCACCCUGUUUUUGGAAAUGUGCCCAACUUUCUGCGGGGGGAAGAAUGGGCCUUGCAUGCGCGUGAAAUUGUGACACGGCGAUACGAGUGGCCGAAUAUCACCAUUUUGACGUGCCUCCUCAUUCUGGGUCUUCAUGAAUUCGGUACCUGCCACGGCGGUCGCAGCUGGGCGCUUGGCGGCCAGGCCAUUCGCAUGGCCUUUGCCCUGCAGCUCCACAAAGACCUCGAGCGCGACCCAUUUCCUCUUCCGGGCGGUGCACCGUUGAGCUUUAUCGACCGUGAAAUUCGACGACGGACAAUGUGGGCGUGCUUCCUGAUGGACCGGUUUAAUUCCUCUGGAACAGACCGCCCGACGUUUGUCAAAGAAGAGUCGGUGAAGAUUCAACUGCCCAUCAAGGAGAAAUAUUUUCAGCUGGACAUGCCUGGCUCGACAGAGAAUCUGGCCGGCCAGCCCGUGACACCGACAGCGGCCGACAUGGGAACCGACGACGGCCAGCUCUUUGACGCCAAAGACAACAUGGGGGUGGCGGCAUACAUGAUCCGGGCCAUCGCUGUCUGGGGCCGUGUUAUCAACUACCUCAACCAGGGCGGCAAGGAGCUGGACCCGCACCCUAUGUGGAGCCCCGAGUCCGGCUACACGAAGCUUGCCAAGCAAGUUGACGAGAUGCUCUCGAGCUUGCCGCCGUCCCUGACCUUUUCGACCGAGAAUCUGCAGCUGCACGAAGCCGAGGGCAUGGCAAACCAGUUUUUGUUUCUGCACAUUGCGAUCCACCAAAACAUUUUGUUUAUGAAUCGCUUUGCCGUGUCGUCGCCCACUGGAAACUCGAUGCAGGACGCUGUCCCCAAGUCCUUUGUCACCAAGGCUGGCGCAAAGGCCUUUGCCGCUGCCAACCGCGUAUCCGAACUCCUCAAAGAUGCCGAGAGCUUCCUCGUCGCCGCUCCCUUUGUCGGGUACUGUGCAUUCUUGUCCAGCACUGUCCACAUCUUUGGCAUCUUCUCUGGCAACCCGGCCAUGGAGGCGCCGUCGAAGCGCAACCUCGCCACCAAUGUCAAGUUCUUGUCCAAAAUGAAGCGCUACUGGGGCAUGUUUCACUUCAUGGCCGAGAACCUGAGAGAGCAAUACCGGUCGUGCGCGGAUGCGGCGCGUCAAGGCACCCCUGCCAACGAGAACGCAGCUGCAUCGUCACCCAUCUUCCAGUACGGCGACUGGUUCGACCGGUACCCCCACGGCGUGUCGAAUUCCGACUUUGGCGACGCGGCCUCAUAUAAGAAGAAGGAAAGGGGGGACGAUGCCGUGCUCGAGCAAAAGCCCGAGCUGCACACGGUAGAGGAGUUCUUUGUUGCUGUGGCCCCGCAAAAUGCAGACGGUCACGCCGGAGCAGGUGCUGGUGGCGGUGCAAACGGCAACCAGCCCGGACGAGACGGAGCUGCGGCUGGUGGCAGGACGGGCUCAAACGCAAAGAGAAAGUCCGUGGCUAAGAAGGGAUCGAGCAGUGCGGUGUCGUCUCGUACCACGGAACAGCAGCCAGUCGACCCGGGUAUGGCCGAUCUUGGGGUAGGAAACCCGGAUGCUCUCCAGCAACAGCAGCAGCAGCAGCAGCAGCAACAACAACAGCAGCAACAUCACGCAGCACUCCAGCAACAGAAUCACCCCCGGGCCCAAGGUAUGCAUCAUGGACGGCACUUUUCGGGCUCACUGAGCGGACAAUCGGGAGCGCCAACCAAUUUCAACCCGAUGCCCAUGCCACAGUCGCAGGCUGCCGCAUCCUUCCAUCCGGUUAAUGUCAACCCCUUUGCGCAUCCUCACCACCCACAACAGCAGCAACAGCAGCAGCAGCAGCAAGCCUUCUACCAACCUGACCUGCUGGCACUGUCCCUGGCACAGCAAAACGGUGGCAUCAUGCCACAACUCGACCGUCAACUUGUCUUUGGCGCCUACGGUGGUAGUCUGGAUGUUACUGGCGCUUCCGCUAUAAAUGGCGGACACGGUCCAUUGGAUAGCAUGGGUUGGGAUGCCUCCGGCUCAGGAGGUGGCAGCGGCCGUCAAAGAGGAAGCGGUCAGGGCGCGGGACAAAUGGCUGGCGGAAGUGAUCAUGCUGUGCCUUCCGGCGUCGCUGUGAUGCAUCCAUUUGGCCAUCCGCAGGAGCAGUCGUCGGCGUGGUUCAUGCCCUUUAACAUGGAGCCUCCCGAAAUGGGCCAAGACCUGUCCGGCAUGAGCGGUUUGGACCAGUUUGCCGGCAUCUUUGGUAACAACAACGUGGCACCUGGAGGUGGCAACGGCGGCCUCGGCGGCCUGCACCAUGGCAGUGGAUAG